AUGCGCGGAAAAUUUGUGGUUUUCGAAGGAUUGGAUCGCUCUGGAAAGUCUACGCAGGCAGAACUGCUGAAGAAGGCGCUCAUUGACCGCGGACAACGGGCGAUUCUCCUCCGUUUUCCUGACCGUGGAACAACAAUCGGAAAGCAAAUUGACGCGUAUCUAAAGAACAAAAACAAACUUCCGGACGAGGCCAUCCACCUGCUUUUUUCAGCAAAUCGGUGGGAACUCGCGUCCACCAUUGAAGCUGCACUUGCAGACGGAGUUCAUUGCAUUGUCGACCGGUACAGCUUCUCUGGAGUCGCAUUCUCGGCAGCUAAAGGAAUGGAUUGGGAUUGGUGCAAGCAACCCGAAAGAGGUCUUCCCUCUCCAGACAUCGUGCUGUUUUUCCAGGUAGACCCCAAUAUUGCUUCGAAACGAGCAGGUUUUGGAAAUGAACGGUACGAAUUGCCCGUCUUUCAACGCACUGUCGCUGAGAAAUACGCCCUACUGAGACAAGAGUUUGUGAAAGAGCGGAAGAAUGACGACUCAUGGCUCAUGAUUGACGGGAACCAAAGUAUAGAGCAAGUUCACCUCAAGAUUUUGACCAUUUUUGGCUCACUUCACGUCCAAGCCGAGACUUUCCAUUUUUAA